AUGAGAUUUCGGGAAAUUCAAGCAAAAUUGCAGGCUUUGACAAUGGAAAUAGAACACUACCGACCGGAGCCGGAUGCUCCAGAACGAAACGAUGAAAGUAUAUAUUGGCUACGGGUAUUGUCGACUUCGUUAGGAAUUUGGCCCGAAAAGUUCAUCGGGACCAACCAGAACUGGUGGAAGCGUUUAUAUUAUUUCAUGAUUGUGAUGCACUGGUACAACACGUACUUGCAAGUGGAAUUUUUCUGUAAUAAUUUCGGUGAACUGAAAACCCUGACCGAGGGUCUCUGUUCUUUCUGCAGUAUUAGCACGACUGGAAUAAAAAUAAUGCGGCUACACAGUUACUCGGACGAAAUCUUCGAAAUACUUCAAACUAUGAAGAAUCAUGAAAUUUUAAGAAAGAUUUGCUUUUUGAAAAAAGGAAAAAACAAACAGAUCUUCGAGAACAUCGAAAAAAUCAUGCAGGAUAAAUGGAAGGAAGUUAACAUCAACUUGCGCCUCUACGCCUUUUCGGUUGGAAUCGUGGCUAGUUCGUAUUCUGUCGUACCCGCCAUUAUUAAUUUGAUCAAUCUUUUCCAAGGAAAUGAUAUUCCAAAGCGUUUUGUCUAUAAGACGUACUAUCGCUACAUGGAGGAGGCAAAGUAUCAUUCACCGCUCCAUGAACUGUUGUUCUGCUCGGAAUCGCUAUCCGGUUUCACCACCUGGGCUGGAGUUGUGUCUUUCGACGGGUUGUACGUACUUCUAACGAUGCACGUCGUUGCCAUGUUCAGCACGUUGAAUCUGAUCAUCAAGGAUACGACUAACGUUAACUUCAACGAUGAGGAGAGUGUAUUUUUCCUGCGCGAGUGCAUCAAACAUCAUACGAGAGCCAUGAAGUUCAUGGAAUCCAUUAAUGAGAUCUUCUCGCCAAUUCUUGUUGUUCAAUUGUUCACCAGUACGUCAAUCAUUUGUGUGAUCGCCUUUCAUACCAGUGCGAAUGCGAGCGAACGCGACUCGCAAACCCUUGUGAUGAUUUUCUACUUGAUCGCUGCCUUUUAUCAACUGUUCUUAUUCUGCUGGUAUGGACAAAGAGUCCAAAAUGAGAGCGUGGAAUUGCCCAACUCGGUGUACGAAUGCGACUGGUACAAGCGUUCGAAGAAAUUCCAAUCGACAAUGCACAUUAUGUUCCUGGACGUUCAGAAAACGGUGGAUAUCAGUGCUUUUAACCUGUGUGUUAUGUCACUGGAAACGUAUCUGACGAUCGUGCGAACUGCUGCAUCAUACUUUACGGCACUACAAACUUUGACCGAAGAAUAGAAAAAUAAGUCAAUUGUUAAUCUCUAUAAGUGAAAAAUAGUAAGCUUCAAUUGUAUUUCUUAAACUGCUCACCCAAAUAAAAAUUUGU